AUGGGUGAAAACCUUCCUCUGACCUUUGCAUGCGGGCCUUAUGACCGCAUGGAUCCCCUAGCGAACAAGGUAGUCGAGCCUGUCGGAAUUGACCUCAACUUCAUUACCAUCAAUCGCCCGCGAGAAAUCUUUGACCGAAUGAUCCGAGAUUUGGAGUUCGAUGCUUCUGAAAUGUCCAGCUCGGAGUUUAUAUGCCGAUAUGCGGCCGGUGAGCGGGACCUUUGUGCCAUUCCUGUCUUUCCCUCUAGGGCGUUCCGUCAUAGUUGCAUUGUGGUUAAUUCGAACAUCAUCUCAAAACCAUCCGAUCUCAAUGGAAAAAAGAUAGGUGUUCAAGUCUACACCAUGACUGCUGCUGUCUGGGUCAGAGGGAUACUUCAGGAUGCAGGUGUCGAUCUAUCUACGAUUACUUGGGUUGAGGGAGACCUAGUCAAGCCUGGUUCCCACGGUAAUCCAAAAUCAGAGCCCCUGCUCCGUCCAAUUGAUCGAAUUCCGAACGAAAGCCCAAAGUCGCUCAGUCAACUCCUCGAAGACGGUGAAAUUGCAGCCACAAUUGGCGCAGACGCUCCACCGUGCCUCGGACAGGCACCUCAUAUUCAACGCUUAUUCCCGAACAUCCGCGAAAGUGAAAAGCAAUACUAUCGGCGAUCAGGAAUCUUUCCUAUUAUGCAUCUCGUUGUCAUCAAAAGCGAGGUUGUGGAAAAAUACCCAUUCGUGCCGCGCAGUCUAUUCGAGGCAAUGAAUGAGGCUAAAAAUAUUGCCCUCCGUUCGAUGAGCAGUCUAUCUACUUACCGAUAUAUGUUGCCGUUUAUGACCUCUGAUAUGGAUGAGAUCAAUGAGUUAUUUGGUGGUGAUCCAUGGCCUUACGGAAUUGCGUCUAAUCGCACAACUUUGGAAGCAUUGGUGAAUUUACUAUAUGACCAAGCUAUGAUUUCUCGCCGAAUUCCGAUUGAGGAAUUAUUUGCUGGCUCUUAUGAAUAA